AGGUGUACCGUGGAUGACCGGGUGACGCGGGUAGCCUGGUUGAACCGCAGCACCAUCCUCUAUGCUGGCAAUGACAAGUGGUCUAUAGACAACCGCGUGGUCAUCCUCUCCAACACCAAGACCCAGUACAGCAUCAAGAUACAGAAUGUGGAUGUGUAUGAUGAGGGGCCCUACACCUGCUCCGUGCAGACAGACAAUCACCCCAAGACUUCCCGCGUCCAUCUCAUCGUGCAAGUGCCCCCCCAGAUUGUCAACAUCUCUUCGGACAUCACCGUGAACGAGGGCAGCAGUGUGACCCUCAUGUGCUUGGCCUUCGGGAGACCCGAGCCCACCGUCACGUGGCGGCACCUCUCGGUGAAAGGACAGGAAUUUAUGAGUGAGGAUGAGUACCUGGAGAUCACAGGCAUCACACGGGAGCAGUCUGGGGAAUACGAGUGCAGCGCCGUCAACGAUGUGGCUGUUCCAGACGUGCGGAAAGUCAAAGUCACCGUCAACUACCCACCAUACAUCUCAAACGCCAAGAACACGGGUGCCUCGGUGGGCCAGAAGGGAAUCCUGCAGUGCGAGGCCUCGGCUGUCCCCGUGGCAGAGUUUCAGUGGUUCAAGGAGGACACCAGGUUAGCAAACGGGCUGGAGGGUGUGCGGAUCGAGAACAAGGGACGCCUGUCAACGCUGACCUUCUUCAACGUCUCGGAGAAGGACUACGGCAACUACACGUGCGUGGCCACGAACAAGCUGGGCAACACCAACGCCAGCAUCAUCCUCUAUG